AUGUCUGUGUGCCUGUAUGUCAGUGUGCCUGUAUGUCAGUGUACCUGUAUAUCAAUGUGCCUGUAUGUCAGUGUGCCUGUAUGUCAGUGUACCUGUAUAUCAAUGUGCCUGUAUGUCAGUAUGCCUGUAUGUCAGUGUACCUGUAUGUCAGUGUACCUGUAUGUCAGUGUGCCUGUAUGUCAGUGUACCUGUAUGUCAGUGUGCCUGUAUGUCAGUGUGCCUGUAUGUCAGUGUGCCUGUAUGUCAGUGUGCCUGUAUGUCAGUGUGCCUGUAUGUCAGUGUGCCUGUAUGUCAGUGCGCCUGUAUGUCAGUGUACCUGUAUGUCAGUGUGCCUGUAUGUCAGUGUGCCUGUAUGUCAGUGUACCUGUAUGUCAGUGUGCCUGUAUGUCAGUGUGCCUGUAUGUCGGUGUGCCUGUAUGUCAGUGUGCCUUUAUGUCAGUGUGCCUGUAUGUCAGUGUACCUGUAUGUCAGUGUGCCUGUAUGUCAGUGUACCUGUAUGUCAGUGCGCCUGUAUGUCAUACCAAACAAGAUUAUUGA